AUGGCAGCCCCUUUUGAGAAGACGGAGGCGAUCGAAAUUGACGAUGCCCACGAUGAGAUUGGUCGGAUUGAUGCCCUAGCCACGGCUCCUGGGACCACGCUCGAAUCGUUUGCCCAUCUCGACCAGAAGAAGAUACUGAGAAAGGUGCGCGAACAUGCCGAUACACUCAAGCAAGCUGAGUGGGCACUGACUCACCCUCAGAUGGAUAUGCGUUUGAUCCCAAUGCUGGCGCUUCUCUACCUGCUCUCGUUUCUCGACCGCGGCAACAUCGGGAACGCCAAGAUAGAGGGCCUCCAAGAGGACCUGGGGAUGACUGCAGACCAGUACAACUGGUGCCUCACCGUAUUCUUCUUUACAUAUGCGGCAUUCGAAGUACCCAGCAAUCUACUGCUCAAGCGCCUGCGUCCGAGCCGUUGGCUCCCUCUCAUUAUGGUGGCUUGGGGUACGGUGAUGACGUUGAUGGGGAUCGUGCAGAGCUACGGAGGCUUGGUAGCUGCGAGAUUGUUUCUUGGUGUCGCUGAGGCCGGUCUUUAUCCUGGAUGUGCUUACUACUUGACAAUGUGGUACUGUCGACACGAGAUCCAGCUGCGUCAAGCCAUGUUCUUCAGCGCUGCCUCCAUCGCAGGAGCCUUUAGUGGUCUCCUAGCCUUUGCGAUCGCCAAGAUGGAUGGGGUUGGUAACCUGGAAGGAUGGCGAUGGAUCUUCAUUCUGGAAGGCAUCGUCACGGUCAUCGUUGCCAUCGCGGCCUUCUUUAUCCUUCACGACUUCCCCGAGACUGCAACCUUCCUCACAGAAGAGGAGCGAGCGUUCGUAGUCUUCCGUUUGAAGUAUCAAGGCCAGAUUCGAAGCGAGGAAGCGGGACGCGCACAGGUCGCCCAAGCUGAAGAGUUCCAGUGGAAAUACGUCUGGGCAGCAUUCAAAGACUGGCAGAUUUGGGUUAAUCUUUUCUUGUAUUGGGGUAUCGUAUGCCCGCUGUACGGCAUCAGUUUGUUCCUUCCAACGAUCAUCAGAAACCUAGGCUAUUCUUCGAGCACUGCUCAGCUCAUGACCGUUCCGAUCUACAUCACCGCCGCUGUUCUUGCAGUCAUCUCCGCUUAUCUGUCGGAUCGCGCCGGGAGACGUAGCCCUUUCGUGAUUGGGUUCCUUCUGUUGAUGAUCAUUGGGUUUGCAAUGUGUAUUUCCUCAUCGAACCCUCGAGUGGUCUACGGCGGCGUGUUCGUGGUAACCUGCGGAAUCUACCCGGCCUUCCCGGGUAUGAUCACCUGGCUAUCCAAUAACCUCGCAGGCAGCUACAAGAGAAGUGCCGGCAUGGCUAUUCAGAUCGGCGUGGGCAACCUCGGCGGUGCGAUGGCUUCCAACUUCUACCGCCAGAAGGACUCUCCCAGGUACAUUCUUGGUCACGCUUUGGAGCUAGGGUUCAUAAGCACCGGUAUCGUCGCGGCGUUCAUCUUGAUCGCGGGAUAUGCUGCUAUCAACAAGAAGAGGUACAAAUCAUUACAAAAUGGAGGGGAGGCACAGUUCUCCCCCGAAGAGCUGUCCGCACAAGGCGAUAAGGCGGUCACAUUUACGUACAUGUACUGA